ACGUACCAAAGCACAAGUUCACAAGUUUUCUCUUCUAAUACAACACGAAAAAAAUUCGACAUGACUUCAUUUCUUCUCGUAGUUAAAGCGAUCUUUCUUGCUUUUGUUUUCAAUCUUGCGAACGGACAGCCGGAGGGUCUGAAAAUAGGGUUCUAUGAGAAAACAUGCCCUUAUGCCGAGGCCAUUGUCAAGAAAACAGUUGAUCAAGUCCUCUCAGUUGUACCAAGCCUUUCUGGCCCUCUGCUGAGGCUUCACUUCCAUGAUUGUUUUGUUAGGGGAUGCGAGGCAUCGGUACUCCUAAAUUCUCCGACCCAUGAAGCUGAAAAAGAUGCAGUCCCAAAUCAGACUCUUAGAGGGUUCCAGAUAAUCGACAAGGUCAAGUCCGCGGUAGAGGAAGAGUGUCCCGGAACCGUUUCAUGCGCUGAUAUCUUGGCCCUUGUAGCUAGGGACGCAACAGUCGCGACUAUGGGGCCAUUCUACCAAGUUGAAACCGGGCGAAGAGAUGGGAGAGUUUCGAAUAUUACCGAGGCCUUGAACAAUCUAAUCCCGCCUACAGCAAACAUAAGCAGGCUUAAAGCAGGAUUUCUUGAAAAGGGUCUAAGCGUGAAAGACUUGGUUGUGUUAUCAGGUGGUCACACAAUUGGGAUUUCUCAUUGUUCCUCCUUCAACAAUCGUCUCUACAAUUUCACUGGAAAGGGUGACACUGACCCCACACUGGAUCCCCACUACAUAGCAAGGCUGGAGCUGGCUUGUGAGCCAGGGGACCAAAACUCAAUUGUUGAAAUGGACCCAGGUAGCUUCUUAACAUUUGAUGGGGACUAUUUCGUAGAUGUCGAAAAAAGGAGGGGCCUCUUCCAAUCAGAUGCAGCUCUACUUGAUGACAGUGAGACCAAAACUUACGUUGAAUUACAAGCAAGUACCCAUGGUUCUACUUUUUUCGAAGACUUCGGUGUGUCUAUGGUCAAUAUGGGCAGGAUUGGAGUUCUGACUGGGGACACUGGUGAAGUAAGGAAAGUAUGCUCUGUGGUUAACUAGUGAUUCACUUGAAGAGACCAAGUAAUAGUUUUGUUGGUGAAAAUAAAGUAAUAGCUUUGUUUACGCAAGUGUUCUUCUUGUUGUUUAUUUGAUAACCGAAUCCAAGCCAGCUUGUGCACAAAUCUUCAAGUGGCCCCAAGGCUUUUUUUUUUUUGGUUUUGUUUUGUUCUAUUCUUAUGUUUUGGUUUCUUGCAUCUGUAUUUUAGUUUAGAUCCAAGGUUUGCGAGUGUUUUUUGAGUUUUGAUUUCGACGCUGAGUGGAAAAAUUGUACAAGUACUUUGUUUUAAGUGAAAAUAAGAUCUUAUGUUAUUCCGUUUGUGUUU